AUGAGAAGCUUGACAAAAAAUCCCAACCACCUCUCUGCGAUCUCAGUGGCUGGAAAAGAGAGAGGUUCGCUACUGGGCACGAGAAUCCCACAAGUCCCGAAAUUCAAUAAGAAAAUUGAAAAAGGUUUGAAAAAUCUUUUUACAGAACACCAAAGUGGUUUUGGAGCUCUUCUUAGAUAUGACAACGCCAAGUUCGUAGAUAGGUUGAUGCUUGAGAGCCAAGAAGGAUGGAGCAGUGGGAGUUCUUGCAUCAGCGCCUGCAGCAGCGGAUCAUGCAGCUUCCUCCAGCCGAGAAAUUUGGACGAUUCUUUAACAAAGUACAAUUCAGAACUCAAAGAUCAGCUGAAAAGUAAGAUUAAUUUAGACUGUCUAUUAACACAAAAACCUGACAUAACAUUUGACGACAUUGCUGGGAACGAAUAUGUCAAAGAUCUUAUCAGGGAGACUGUUUUGCUUCCUGCUUUGGUCCCUUCUCUUUUUUCUAAGUCCAGAGGCCGUCCUAGAUCAUGGAACAAAAUUUUGCUAUACGGACCUCCAGGGGUGGGAAAAACAAUGAUUGCUCAGGCCAUUUGCAAUGAAAUUGAGUCUACCUGUUUUUGGGUCUCCUACUCUGACAUCACUUCUAAGUUUAUUGGCGAAAGCGAAAAGCUUCUGACCAUGCUUUUCCAAAUGGCCGGAGAAAGCAGUCCUUCUGUGAUUGUUUUUGACGGAAUUGAUUCGUUAGUAAGAAAAAGAAGUGGCGCUGAAAGCGAAACUGAGAGGAGGAUAAAGACCGAAUUUCUAACAGCAAUGGACAUCUUGCAGAAUGAACGGAAAAAUGUGAUGGUCAUUGGAACCACAAGCAUGCCCUGGGAGCUCGAUGUGGCUGCUUUAAGAAGAUUUGACAGAAAAAUCAUGGUCUCAAUACCUGAUAAAGACACCAGGAGCCACACUUUUGAACUUCUUGCAGGACAAAACCACGAUUUGACUGAAGAGGAUUUUAAUUAUUUGGCAGAGAUAACUGAUGGGUACUCAGGGUCUGAUAUUAGCAUUGUUUGUAAUGAGGCUUUACUAAAACCGGUAAAAAUGCUUCAGUAUACUUCUCAUUUUAAGAAAGUGAGAAAGGACGAUGUGGAUUAUUGGACGCCUUGCAAAGCAUCAGAUCCAGAAGCGAUUGAGAGAUCUUUAACCAGCAUAGAGCCUUCUCAGCUUCUGCUGAGAAAAGUGAAUUUGGACGAUUUCAAAUCAAGCAUCAACAAUUGUAAGCCAACAGUCCAGCCUAAUUUGAUUGAGCUUUACCUUAAGUUCUUAAACAAAUAUGGGCACAGCGAACAAAAGCGAAUGAUGCUUAGUGAGGAUAGUCGGCACUUAAGUUAUUUUUGCUAA